UCCAGCGCCGCAGAUCGGCGGCCGUGCCGUGGGGCUACGCCGGGCGCUCGCCACUUCCGGCGCGUUGGGGCUGUUGGUCGGGGGUGGCCGCGCGGCGCGAGCAGGCGGCUCCGGGACGGACGCGCGUAGGGAUGCUCCAGGGGGUGACGGCGGCGGCCGUGUGGACUGAGGCGGCGAGGACAGCGCGGGCCCCCGGGCCUCUCCCCUAAGCCGGCCGCUCGGGCUGCGCCUCCGAGGCCCCCUUCAGCCUCCGGCCCUUUUGCUUCGGGGCCGGGCCCGCGCGGCUGCCUCUGAACGCGGAGGCCGGGGAGACCCUGCCUGGGCCCGGAGCUUCCCCUCGGGGGUCGGGCCCGGGCAGGGGGCCCCGAGCCGCUGCCCUCCCUGCCGGCUUCCGAGCCCCAUUUCCUGCUUUUUUUCAGUUUCCUUGGGGAGGGGCGGGUGGGUCUUGAUGAAUUGUUCCGGGGGUCCCCGAUGAGGCGGGCCGGGGGACCACACUCUUUUUAGAGGGUCCCGGCGGGGGCCCGGGUAGGGAAGCGGUUCUCUUUGCAUGGGCGGGGGACUUCCCGAGCCUGCCGGGACCAUGACCUGAACUGUGCGAGCGGGACGUGUCCGAAGCCCGAGAGCCAGCUCACCUGAGCCGUCCCCUUCCCCUGCCAGCAUGGCAUCUGAAGAAGCCUCCCUCAGGGCAUUGGAAAGUCUGAUGACGGAGUUUUUUCAUGACUGUACAACCAAUGAAAGAAAACGUGAGAUAGAGGAGCUUCUUAAUAACUUUGCCCAGCAAAUAGGAGCCUGGAGGUUCUGCCUGUAUUUUCUCUCCAGCACUAGGAAUGACUAUGUAAUGAUGUACAGUUUGACGGUUUUUGAGAAUCUGAUCAAUAAAAUGUGGCUUGGGGUGCCAUCUCAGGAUAAGAUGGAAAUUCGCAGCUGCCUCCCCAAACUCCUCCUAGCUCACCACAAAACCUUACCUUACUUUAUCCGGAACAAGCUCUGCAAAGUCAUUGUUGACAUUGGCCGUCAAGACUGGCCCAUGUUCUACCAUGACUUUUUUACUAACAUUCUCCAGCUGAUCCAGUCCCCUGUGACGACCCCCCUUGGGCUGAUCAUGUUGAAAACUACUUCCGAAGAGCUGGCCUGUCCCCGCGAGGACCUCAGUGUGGCUCGCAAGGAGGAGCUGCGGAAGCUGCUGCUGGACCAGGUGCAGACAGUGCUGGGGCUCCUGACAGGUAUCUUGGAGACCGUCUGGGAUAAGCACAGCGUUACGGCCGCCACCCCGCCACCAUCCCCGACCUCAGGAGAAAGUGGUGACUUACUGAGUAACCUGCUGCAGAGCCCUAGUUCAGCCAAACUGCUGAGUCAGCCCAUCCCCAUCCUCGAUGCGGACAGUGAGUAUGUCUGUUCCCUGGCCCUGGAGUGCCUGGCCCACCUCUUCAGUUGGAUUCCUCUGUCUGCCAGCAUCACCCCGUCCCUCCUCACCACCAUCUUCCACUUUGCGCGCUUUGGCUGUGACAUCCGGGCCAGAAAGAUGACGUCAGUGAAUGGCAGCAGCCAGAACUGUGUGUUGGGUCAGGAGCGCGGCCGGCUCGGGGUCCUGGCCAUGUCCUGCAUCAAUGAACUCAUGUCCAAGAACUGCGUGCCUAUGGAAUUCGAGGAGUACCUGCUGCGGAUGUUUCAGCAGACUUUCUACCUCCUGCAGAAAAUCACCAAGGAUAACAAUGCCCACACGGUGAAGAGCAGGCUAGAAGAGCUCGAUGAGAGCUACAUCGAGAAGUUCACGGACUUCCUGCGGCUCUUCGUGAGCGUUCACCUGCGGAGGAUUGAGUCCUACUCCCAGUUUCCCGUGGUGGAGUUUUUGACGCUUUUGUUCAAAUACACAUUUCACCAGCCUACUCAUGAAGGUUACUUCUCUUGCUUGGAUAUCUGGACGCUCUUUCUGGACUAUCUGACAAGUAAAAUUAAAAGUCGUCUGGGAGACAAGGAAGCAGUUCUCAACAGGUACGAAGACGCCCUCGUCCUUCUGCUCACAGAGGUGUUGAAUCGAAUCCAGUUCAGAUACAACCAGGCCCAGCUGGAGGAAUUGGACGACGAGACUCUGGACGAUGAUCAGCAGACAGAGUGGCAGCGGUACUUACGCCAGAGCCUGGAGGUGGUGGCCCGAGUGAUGGAGCUCCUGCCCACACACGCCUUCUCAACCCUGUUCCCAGUUCUUCAGGACAAUUUGGACGUUUAUCUGGGGUUACAGCAGUUUAUCGUUACGUCAGGGUCAGGCCACAGGCUGAACAUCACGGCUGAGAAUGACUGCCGUCGGCUGCACUGCUCCCUGAGAGACCUGAGCUCGCUGCUGCAGGCCGUCGGCCGCCUGGCCGAGUACUUCAUCGGAGACGUGUUUGCUGCACGCUUCAGCGACGCCCACACAGUCGUGGAGAGAUUGGUCAAAGUCACUCUGUAUGGAUCUCAGAUCAAGUUGUACAACAUUGAGACUGCUGUGCCGUCUGUGCUGAAACCUGACCUCAUCGAUGUACACGCCCAGUCCCUGGCCGCACUGCAGGCGUACUCACACUGGUUGGCACAGUACUGCAGUGACACCCGUCGGCAGAACACGCAGCAGUUUGUCACGCUCAUCUCCACGACCAUGGAUGCCGUCACACCCCUGAUCAGCACCAAGGUCCAGGACAAGCUGCUGCUCUCCGCGUGCCACCUCCUGGUGUCCCUGGCUACCACUGUGAGGCCCGUCUUCCUGAUUAGCAUCCCCGCAGUGCAGAAACUGUUCAACAGGAUCACUGACGCCUCUGCCCAGCGCCUGGUUGAUAAGGCUCAGGUGUUGCUGUGCCGAGCCCUCUCGAACAUCCUGCUGCUCCCGUGGCCAAACCUCCCCGAGAACGAGCAGCAGUGGCCCGUGCGCUCCAUCAACCACACCAGCCUCAUCUCCGCGCUCUCCCGGGACUAUCGCAACCUGAAACCUAAUGCUGUUGCCUCCCAGAGGAAGAUGCCACUGGAUGAUACCAAAGUGAUCAUCCAUCAGACACUCAGCGUCUUGGAAGACAUCGUGGAGAACGUCUCCGGGGAAUCCACCAAGUCCCGGCAGAUCUGCUACCACUCGCUGCAGGAAUCCGUUCAGGUCUCCCUGGCCCUCUUCCCAGCUUUUAUUCAUCAGUCAGAUGUGACUGAUGAGAUGCUGAGCUUUUUCCUCACUUUGUUUCGAGGCCUUAGAGUCCAGAUGGGUGUGCCUUUCACUGAGCAGAUCAUACAGACUUUCCUCAAUAUGUUUACCAGGGAACAGCUGGCCGAGAGCAUCCUCCACGAAGGCAGCACUGGCUGCCGGGUGGUGGAGAAGUUCCUGAAGAUCCUGCAGGUGGUGGUCCAGGAGCCCGGGCAGGUGUUCAAGCCCUUCCUGCCCAGCAUCAUCUCCCUGUGCAUGGAGCAGGUUUACCCCAUCAUCGCCGAGCGCCCCUCCCCUGACGUGAAGGCUGAGCUGUUUGAGCUCCUCUUCCGGACGCUCCAUCACAACUGGCGGUUCUUCUUCAAGUCCAGUGUGCUGGCCAGCGUGCAGAGGGGCGUCACCGAGGAGCACAUGGAGAACGAGCCUCAGUUCAGUGCCGUCAUGCAGGCUUUCGGUCAGUCCUUCCUUCAGCCUGACAUCCACCUGUUUAAACAAAAUCUCUUCUACCUGGAGACGCUUAAUACCAAGCAGAAGCUGUACCACAAGAAGCUCUUCCGGACCACCAUGCUCUUCCAGUUCGUGAACGUGCUGCUGCAGGUCCUGGUUCACCGGUCGCACGACCUCCUGCAGGAGGAGAUUGGCAUUGCCGUGUACAACAUGGCCUCCGUGGACUUUGAUGGCUUCUUCGCAGUCUUCCUCCCUGAGUUCCUGAGCAGCUGUGAUGGUGUGGAUGCCAACCAGAAAAACGUGCUAGGGCGGAAUUUCAAGAUGGAUCGGGUGAGGAGAGAGCAACCCGGCUACCGGGAGGACAGGCGUGGGCCUGGCCCUGCUCUGUGAGGGGAGUGGGCUGCCUCUGCGUGUGCUCUGGGCCCCUAGCGGCCCUGGGGCAGCUCGAGCAGUUCCUGGAUGGAGGGUCUGUGCUUUCCCCAGCGCCUGUGUCCUUCAUCUCAGCCAUGGGGCCCCCGCAGCCCAGCUGCUUUGUCUGGGCUUCUUGGUGGACACUGUACCCCACUGAGCACACCUCUGACUGGGCCCGGCCUCUGGUUCCUAUGGGCCGUUAGCCACUGCAGCCUGAACUUGCCUGUGGGCUGAGAAGAUGGGUGUUGGUAGCUGCUUCUCUGGGCCCCAGUCUUAGACAUAGACCUGGUUCUUCCCUGACCAUCCCCUGCCCAGCUCGAGUGGCCCAACCUGCUGCCAGGUCCUGGGAGGAGCCCUCAGUGCUCACCCUCCUGCCGCCCACCCGCCCACCUGGGAAAGUCUGGUGGACUGUCCCCUCCUAUGCCGCGCUGUGGCUGGGAUCCGGGGUGGUGACAACUGAAGCUGUCGUGUCUGGACCUCACGGCGCCCUGCGUUUCCUGUCCUGGGGCCUCCUUCCUGUAGUUGUUAGGUCACUGCAUGCUGGUCCAUCCAUCGGCUGCCUCUCUGGAAUUGUUCCUGUGAGAGAAGCUGGUUUUGUCUGUCGGCUCCUCAUACUUGAUGAAACGGACCCUCUUUCGCCCACAUCCCUGUGGUGCUCCCGACUCAGCUCCUGAGCCUGUGGCCCGUCCAUGGCCUUACUCAGUCCCCACAUCAUGCAGCUCAUGCUGGAGCAGACUGCCGCCUCCUACUUAUCUCAGCUGUGCUGGGUUCAGGGCAGUUAUUCCGUAGACUCAGCUCCUGUUUUCCUUUGUCUUGACAUUUUUCUUUCCUCGCACUUACCUUCUUGUCUCUUGAGCUUCUUGAAGUUCACUUCAGCCACUUGGGUAUUUUUUCUUUUUCUGGAGGCCAGAUCCUAAUAUCUAAUGAUCAGUUUCUACUGACGUCAUUAUCAGUCAGCUUCUUGGUGUCAAGUUGGUCUCCAAAUCCAGUCAUGCAUCAGAGCACCUGGGUGCUUAUGAAACAUACAGACAUGGAGCCGCAUGUCCCGGGUCCCACCAGGAAGCUCAGGCUCAGCAUUUGGGGGCCAGAUGUGACCGCCUUCCCGGAGUCUUGCUGGGCAGACACGUCCGUGCCUCUGUGGACUGCACUAGGCUUUGCGAAGUGUGGGUCCUGUUGUUAUCCCAUUUCUCGGGUGAACCCAGGCCCAGAGAGGGCAGCAGUCCCCGGGGGGGCGCCUGGAGGCAGGCCAGGCCUGGUCGUGUGGCCCCACAAGCAGCUUGCUGAGCAGGCUGUUCUGGUAGCUUGGGAGGACACACUGACCUUCCAGCUGGGCCAGGAAACGGCGGGCUCUUGGGGCCUUUUGGGCCCAGGCUGGCUUGGCACUGCAUUUUGGAGAGGAGUGCAGGUUAGCCAGAUAGUGGGGGAUGGGGGAGAGCUGUUUAUGAGCCUCCCCCGUCACUGGGGCUUCAGAAGUGAUCCCAUUGGCGCUACCAGCCAGUCAGAGAACUGGUUCACCCUGUGACACAUGACUCCACAGCUGGCCCUACAGUUCGGAGUCCAGUAAUCACAAACGAAAGCUGAGGACGCGGGCCUUGGGCGGGUGGUCUCGUGGUGCUGCGUGGUGGUUUGGGGUUCCAUCUGCGAGGGGCGCCCUCCAUUCGCAGUCUGUGGCUCAGUAGGCAAGUGGUGGGUGCGUGUGGGCUGUUGCUGGCAUGCCUCUGUUGAGUGGGCUGCCUGGAGGCAUCUGUGGACACAGCGCGGCUGGCUGUAGGGAGGGAGAGAGGCACACUGGCAGCCACGCCGGGGCUCACCUCCUUCCCUCCUGUCUCAUAACCUGGGGCGAGUUUCCUGAGCUCUCUGCUUCACCACCUUCAUCCUUAAAGUGGUGGUGCUAACAGAGCCACGCGGUAGGCGUGUGGUAGGGACGACAGCGUGAGGGUGGGAGGUGGGAGUCCCCGGGCGGAGGUGGCCCUGGCGCCCCUGGGCAGAUACGAGCCGCGUCCUUUCCCCCACAACGCCUUUGCUCACACGUGUGGGAAAGGAGUGGGAGCCGCAUGUCAGUUGUGGGACGUGCUCGCUGGUCUCUGGAACACACUCAGAGGGCCAU